UUACCCUCCUCAGACCCCACCUCCACACUGUAGGAAAUACACUGGAUAUAUUAUUAGUGUUAGUGUAUGAUAUCUUAUAUACCUUUGUUUUAUUCAUAGUUAUGUUAAGAUGUUUGCAACUGUGGUAAAAUUUUCAACGCAUUAUGCUAUGAUUAAGACAUUUCUUUAACCAUAUUCAAGUUUGGAAGCUGAAGAACACCGAGUAGACUUGUCUUUCUCUUUGAAAAUAAAAAAGGCAAAACCUUACUGACAUUAGUCACGUCUUUGGGGUCCGCUAGAGGAAUUCCUUUUUUUCUUCUAACAAAGAUUUUUCCAUAACUUUCUGACAACAUCGAAAGUGACAAAUGAGACUGGAGCAAAAGGAAGAUCAACUUAUCACUAUUUUUGAAGUCUCAAGAGUCCCAUUUUAACCUAUGUUGAACGGACUCCAAAAUGAUGAUGCAACUAUUUUUGGAGGAUCCGACACGCAAACGGAACAUUUUCGGAAAGUCGAGCAACAUAGAUUUUAACUAACCACGCCUAGUUCUUUCUCAUUUCCAAAGUACUAAUGGAGAAAGCCUUCACCUCUUUUCUCUUGUUGUUUCACUUGGUUGUGGCAAGUUUAGCCAUGACUCACACCAACAUUACCACUGAUCAAGCAGCUCUUCUUUCCUUAAAAUCCCAAAUUAUUUCAGACUCCUUUCACUUGUUGGAUAAAAGUUGGUCUCCAACUAUUUCUGUCUGCCAUUGGGUUGGAGUCACUUGUGGUUCUCACCACCAGAGAGUGAAGUCAUUAAAUAUUUCCAACAUGGCUCUUACAGGCAGAAUUCCCCCUGAUUUCGGAAAUCUCACAUUUCUUGUUUCUCUUGACUUGAGUAGCAACAAUUUCUAUGGAAAUUUGCCUCAAGAAAUGGCACGUUUGCAUCGGUUAAGGUUUGUUAGACUUGGCUUUAACAACUUUAGCGGGGAGGUUCCUUCCUGGUUCGGGGUCUUACACCAACUUCAAGUUCUAACUCUAAGGAAUAAUAGUUUCAAUGGUUUCAUCCCCUCUUUAUUUUCUAAUAUUUCCAAGCUUCAAACUUUGGAUUUGAAAUUCAAUUCCUUAGAGGGACAAAUCCCAAAUGAGAUUGGAAACCUUGAAAAUCUAAGGUUUUUAAGUUUAGGUGGAAACAAGCUUAAAGGUUUUAUCCCUCCAUCUCUCUCGAAUGCGUCAAUGUUGGUGACUGUAUAUCUUUCUUACAAUUUCUUACAAGGAAACAUCCCAAAAGAGAUUGGCAAUCUUCAAAACCUAAACCAUUUGUCAAUAGAACAUAAUCAACUUACAGGUUCUAUACCAAUCUCAAUUUUUAAUAUCUCUGGACUUGAAUCCAUCGCAUUUACAAAUAACACCUUAUCAGGAAAUCUUCCAACUGAUAUGUGUGAUCGUCUUCCAAUGCUCGAAAAGCUUUAUCUAAGUAUGAACAAGCUACGCAGUCAUAUGCCUCUAAGCUUACCAAAACUGUUCGAAACUUCAAAUAUUGUUUGUAUCAGUGAACGAGUUUGAUGGACCCAUAUAUAAUGAAAUUGGACAUUUAAGUAACCUGCAACAUUUGUAUCUUGGACGUAACCAUUUUGAAGGGACAAUUCCAAUCUCCAUAUUCAAUAUCUCCUCGCUGUAGGUGUUGUCACUGGGACGCAACAAUCUCUUUGGGUCCUUGCCAUGGGAGGUUGGCAACUUGACCAAAUUACAGAUUCUUGAUCUUAAUCAAAAUAUGCUAACAGGUAUGUAUAUAGUCAAAAGGAGUAGGGAAAUUAAGGUACUGCAGCUAGCUUGCUAUGGCUGAACUAAAAGGGCAGGCUGGUCUAAGCUUCCGCUAUGCGCGGGGUCCGUGAAAGGCCCGAACCACAAGGGUUUAUUGUACGCAGCCUUACCCUACAUUUCUGCAAGAGGCUGUUUCAACGGCUCGAACCCGUGACCUCUUGGUCAUAUGGCAAUAAUUUUACCAGUUGCUAUGGCUGAACUAACAAAGUAAAAUCAUUACUAGCAGUGACAGAAGCAGGAUUUUUACCAAGGGGAUAUAAAAUAAGAAAAAUAAACACGCGAAAAAACUAAGGGAAUUAAAAACAAAUUACCUUAUAUACACAGUAUAAUUUUCAGCGAAGACUGAACCCCUUCGGCCCACAUAGCUCCCCACCUAUUACUAGUUGUUCAUUAAUUACUGAUACAUACAAACAUUGGCAGGUGAAAUACCGAAAGAGGUAAGCAACCUCAUUGAGUUGGAUGGAAUUGAUCUGGGUUUGAACAAGUUUACUGGUUCACUUCCAACAGAGAUAUUCAACAUAUCAGGGAUAACAGUGAUUGACCUUCUAAACAAUAAUCUGACAGGAACCCUCCCAUUGAACAUAGGUUCUAUGUUACCCAACAUUGAAGGUCUUUAUCUAGGUCGCUUAAAUCUUUUUGGGACUAUACCAGAUUCUAUCUCCAAUUGUUCCAAGCUCAACACUCUAGAUGUUGCUGGAAAUAGACUCACCGGUUUGAUUCCAACCUCUCUUGGAUAUUUAACUCAUCUAGAGUACCUACUCUUGGAUGGAAACAAUUUAGUGAGCGACUCUACGUUAAGCUUCUUGACUUCCUUAUCAAAUUGUAGAGAUUUAGAAUUUCUUUCUUUAUCUUUGAACCCUCUAAAUGGUGUACUUCCAGUCUCCUUAGGGAACCUUUCCAGUACUUCUCUUCUAAGGAUUAACGCUGCUGAUUGCAGAAUUAAAGGGGAAAUUCCAAAAGGAAUUAGGAACUUAAGCAGCUUAUUAGACCUCGAUCUUUCUGAAAACGACAUAAUUGGAUCAAUUCCCGCAACAAUUAGCAACUUGAGAUUUCUUCAGAGCGUUAAUUUGAGUCACAACAAACUUUCUGGAUUUAUUGGAGAUGAUAUAUGUAAAUUGCAAAACUUGGGUUAUUUAUACUUAACUCAGAAUCAACUUUCAGGAUCUCUUCCUAAUUGUUUGGGGAACUUAAUUUCCCUUCGGGAGAUAUUUCUAGGUUCCAAUAAAUUGCGUUCAAACAUACCAGCAAGCUUAGGGAACCUCAGAAAUCUCUUGAAGCUAGACUUAUCCUCAAGCAACUUGGAUGGCCCUUUACCUCCGAAAAUUGGAAACCUAAAGGCUGUGAUAUAUAUGGAUCUAUCAAUGAAUACCUUUUCAAAUGGAAUUCCUAGAGAAAUUGGUGGCUUGCAAAAUCUAAUGCACUUAUCUUUGAGAGACAACAAAUUACAAGGAUCAAUCUGACUCGAUCAGAAGCAUGUCAGCUUUGGAAUUUCUAGACCUUAGUCAUAACAAUGUUUCAGGAUUAAUUCCCAAGUCUUUGGAGAAGCUUCAAAAUCUGAAGUAUUUUAACGUUUCUUUCAACAAGUUGGUUGGUGAAAUCCCCUCUGACGGUCCUUUCAAGAACCUCUCCAGUCAGUCUUUCAUGUCCAAUGAAGCAUUAUGUGGUUCUCCAAGAUUCCGUGUUCCGCCAUGCCAUACUAGUACUUCAAAGCAUAGAUCCAAGAGGAAAAAAGUACUUCUACUGGCCGGAAUUGCAAUAGUUAUAUUAGUUCCUAUGGCCUUUGUGCUUGUAUGGAUAAGGUAUAUGAGAGGUAAAAGAACUGAUCCUCAGCAAACAGUUGAUUCAUUGUAUGACGUCUCAACAAGAGAAAGAAUUUCAUACUAUGAAUUGCUCCAAGCAACUGAUUCACUCAGCGAGAGCAAUUUGAUUGGUUCCGGGAGUUUCGGCUCUGUUUACAAAGGCAUCCUCAGAGAUGGGACUCAUAUUGCAGUUAAAGUGUUCAAUCUGCAAUUGCAAGCAGCAUUUAGGAGUUUUGAUACAGAAUGCCAAGUUUUGCGCAACCUUCGUCAUAGGAAUCUCACCAAAGUCAUCACUAGUUGUUCCAACCUUGAAUUUAAGGCUUUGGUACUUGACUACAUGUCUAAUGGAAGCCUCGAUAAAUGGUUGUAUUCGCACAACUACUUCUUAGACAUCAAGCAAAGACUAAAUAUAAUGAUAGAUGUGGCAUGUGCCUUGGAAUAUCUCCACCAUGGCUGCUCAUUUCCCGUGAUCCAUUGUGAUCUGAAGCCUAGUAAUGUCUUGUUGGACGAGGACAUGGUUGCCCACCUAAGUGACUUUGGCAUUUCUAAACUGCUUUCUGAAGAUGAAAGUGCUUCGUACACUAAAACUUUAGCAACAUUGGGUUAUAUUGCACCAGAGUAUGGACUGGAGGGACUAGUGUCAACAAAAUGCGAUGUUUAUAGUUACGGAAUCAUGUUGAUGGAAACAUUUACAAGGACAAAGCCUAGUGAUGAAAUGUUUGAUGGAGAUCUUAGCUUGAAGCAAUGGGUGAGCAACUCACCCCCACAGGCAGUAAUGGAAGUUGUUGAUGCCAACUUAAUAACGCCACAGGAUAAUCAAUUAAUGAAAAAGUUAGAUUGUGUGGUAUCCAUCAUGAAAGUGGCAAUAGAUUGUUGUGUUGAAUCUCCUAAAGGAAGGACUGACAUGAAAGAUGUUGUAGCGAGGUUAAAGACCAUCAAGAUUCAACUUCUUGCAUGUUGAGCUUUGAAUGAAUGUAUCAUUUUCGGCUUGAGUGGGGGGUACACGCAUGCAAGUACAGAGUGUAGGCAACGACUUUUCCUUUUGUUAAAAUCUAUUUGCUUAGUUCCUUUAAUCAGUCUCCUGUAGUUAGGAUCUUGAUUAGCUUUGAUUGUUAUAUUGAAUCUCCUGAAGGAAGGACCGACAUGAAAGAUGUUGUAGCGAGAUUAAAGAAGAUCAAAAUUCAACUUAUUGCA